AUGUCUGAAGCGCUAGCAGUUAAAGUUUCAGAUGAAAUGAGUCAAAAAAUGGAUGAAAAGCCCAUGUUCGUAAUAGUGGGUCCAUCGGGUGUCGGGAAGACAACGCUAUACAAGAUGCUGCUCAAGGAAUUCGAGCACCUGUUCGAGCUCAGCAUCAGCUAUACCACUCGACCCAUUCGAAAAAAUGAAACUAACGGAAUCCACUACCACUUCGUCACCGAGGAGGCGUUCAACGAGAUGAAGGACGCAGAUGAGUUCCUCGAGUGCACGUCGUACGUGGGCAACCAGUACGGCACCGCAGUACGCGAAAUCAAGCGCAUACAAGGGUCCAACAAGGUCCCCCUCCUGGAAAUCGAAAUCGAUGGUUUCGGCAAGGUCAGGCGUAAGGGGUUGCCUUUGCGCAGCGUGUUCGUGACGACGAGUGACGUGGAGAGCCUCAGAAACAGACUCAUAAGCCGUGGAGGCCACAACAUCACCGAUAUGGAUAAGCGCUUGAAAAGGGCUAUGGAGGAGAUGAAAGAGGCCAACGACGCUUCGUUCGACGUCAUACUGGUGAACGACGAUCUAAAUGUUGCCUAUGCGCAACUCAGAGAUCACGUGUUGAAGUGGUACGGGCUACCCAACACCGACAAAAAACAAGAUGAACCAAGCGGGCAGAGCUAA